GGGCGGCACGGAGCUGCGGGAGCCUCGGCCUCCUCCGGGCCGCCUGCGCGGCCCUCAUGCGGCGCCCUCGCUGACACCUGAAACCCGCCGCUCGCCGUCCUCCUGGGGACCGCGGGGUUCGCCGGGCCCGCCGCCCUUGGCGGUUGAAGUCGGCGGCUUGCGGGCCCGCGGCGGCCGCCCAUGGAGAAGGCCGGGCGGGGAGGCGAUGGCGCCCCCCGGGGGCCCGUACUGCACAUCGUGGUGGUCGGCUUUCAUCACAAGAAGGGCUGCCAGGUUGAAUUCUCUUACCCGCCCCUGAUUCCAGGAGAUGGUCAUGACAGCCCCACUUUACCUGAAGAAUGGAAGUAUUUGCCCUUCCUUGCCUUACCAGAUGGCGCACACAACUACCAGGAAGAUACUGUCUUUUUUCACUUGCCACCCAGAAAUGGAAAUGGAGCCACAAUAUAUGGUAUCUCCUGCUAUCGACAAAUUGAAGCCAAGGCAUUGAAAGUACGGCAAGCAGAUAUCACCAGAGAGACCGUUCAGAAAAGUGUCUGUGUUCUAAGCAAGUUGCCUCUCUAUGGCUUACUUCAAGCAAAACUUCAGCUCAUUACACAUGCGUAUUUUGAAGAGAAGGAUUUUUCCCAAAUUUCCAUCCUAAAGGAGCUUUAUGAGCAUAUGAAUAGUUCCUUGGGAGGAACUUCAUUAGAAGGAUCCCAAGUGUAUCUUGGUCUGUCUCCUCGAGAUCUUGUGCUUCAUUUUCGACACAAGGUCUUAAUCCUGUUUAAACUAAUUCUUCUUGAAAAAAAGGUUCUCUUUUAUAUUUCUCCAGUGAAUAAAUUGGUGGGUGCCCUGAUGACUGUGUUAUCCCUUUUUCCAGGCAUGAUUGAACAUGGUCUCAGUGACUGUUCUCAGUACAGACCCCGAAAGAGUAUGUCUGAAGAUGCUGGGCUUCAUGAAAGUAAUCACCCUGCAGAUGAUUUUGUGUCUAUGUCUGCUCCUGACAUUUCAAAUACCAACUCAGGAACUGUUAAGAAAAUCAUGACAGGAAACCACGGAGGAGAUGCUGUCAUCAAGACCGAAGAACCGUUGCUCCAAGUAGAUGACAGCAGCAAAGGACAGGAACCCAAUGAAACCAGUCAAUAUUUGAAACCUCCUUCUCGCCCAUCGCCAGAGUCUUCAGAAAGUGACUGGGAAACCUUGGAUCCUAGCAUCUUAGAGGACCCUACCUUGAAAGAAAGGGAACAGGGUUCAGAACAGACAAACUCAUUUCCAAAGGAGUCUAUGCCCUCAGACAGUCCUCCAAUUACUGUACAACCUCAAGCUAAUACAGGCCAAGUGGUACUGAUACCAGGGCUAAUUUCUGGUUUGGAAGAAGACCAAUAUGGCAUGCCCCUGGCCAUCUUCACAAAGGGAUAUCUGUGUUUGCCUUACAUGGCAUUGCAGCAGCAUCAUCUUCUCUCUGAUGUCACCGUCCGUGGAUUCGUUGCUGGGGCUACUAACAUCCUUUUCCGCCAGCAGAAGCACCUCAGUGAUGCCAUUGUAGAGGUGGAAGAAGCUCUGAUCCAGAUCCAUGAUCCAGAACUCAGGAAGCUGCUUAAUCCAACCACGGCAGACCUCAGGUUCGCAGAUUACCUAGUGAGACACGUGACGGAGAACCGGGAUGAUGUCUUCCUGGAUGGCACAGGCUGGGAAGGAGGUGACGAGUGGAUCCGAGCCCAGUUUGCAGUCUACAUCCACGCACUCCUGGCUGCCACACUGCAGUUAGAUAAUGAAAAGAUUUUAUCGGACUAUGGGACAACCUUUGUUACAGCAUGGAAGAAUACUCACAACUACAGGGUGUGGAACAGCAACAAGCAUCCAGCACUUGCAGAAAUAAAUCCGAACCAUCCUUUUCAAGGCCAGUACUCCGUGUCAGACAUGAAGUUAAGAUUCUCACAUUCUGUCCAAAACAGUGAACGUGGCAAAAAAAUUGGAAACGUCAUGGUCACAACCAGCCGAAAUGUUGUACAAACAGGAAAAGCUGUUGGCCAGUCAGUUGGAGGAGCCUUUUCCAGUGCAAAGACAGCUAUGUCUUCUUGGCUUUCUACUUUCACCAGUCCCGCCCCCCAAAGUCUCACUGAGCCCCCCGACGGGAAACCCUGAGCAAGGCGUCCAGAGGCUACUGUCACUUCCUUAGGUUUAAAUGUCUCCCGUCUGUCUGCUGCUCCAGACUGUUCUCUUCAUCGGCCACAGGUCCACAGUAGGGGACCAGGACGUCGAACUGUUUACAGGGACAGUUGUCCUCUGUCUAAUUGAAUGUCGCAGGAUGCUGGAAAGAUGAAAUUGCAGCCAUAGCAGGGAUGGCUUUCCAGGUUGGGGUUUAAAUUGACUACUUUUAUUUCAGUCUGAGCCUGAUUAAAACACAGUGAAACUUCUAAUGAAUUUUCAGUUCUGAUAGUGUACAUUUGUUUACUUUAGACAAGUUUUUACUUAUGUAAAUUUUGUUCUCUUUUCCUGUUUGAAUAUCCAGGUGGCCACUGUCAUUUAUAUGUGCUAAAAUUAAGUUAUAUUACUAUUCUGAUUUCUCUCAAGUUGGCCCUAAAAUGUGCUUAUAAAGUGAAGGGGCCAUACAAUCCAGCCCUUUGUUAUUACUUUGCUGAGUUAUAUGAUGAUUUUUUUUUGUUGGUUUUCUGCCCACAAAAUAUAUUUAUCAGUUCACUUCCUCCCAGAAACAUGAAAACCAGAGGUGGUAGUUCUGAGGAUGGAGUGUUUUGUUUCAUGUUUUUAAUUUAUUCUUUCCCAGUCCUAAACACUUGCUCUGAGGCGUCAAGGAGUGUCACUGUGCUUUCUUCCUCUUCCCAACUGUGCAGGUGGGUGUGCAGAGAAAUAGCAUGGUGCAGUGGUGUUCAAGCAGGUUAACAUGAGUGUAUUUACAGCGGAGACUCUGGAAGACCUCAGUGUUAGUUCUGUCGACCCUAAUUAUGUUGCAGUCUUCUACAAGCAUUUUUUAACCCACAGUUUGUGCCUUCUGUUUCUUCUUUUGAACCGUUUUCCAGAUGUACAGGUUUUUUUCUUAGUCUUAUUCUUCAUACAGCUUUUCAAGGUGUUUGGCCUUCCCACUCCCCGAUGGAAAAUCCUUCUGUAAUCAGUCCCUACCCCCUUAUGAAAGUAUUUAUAAAAGAAAAACAAGAUGAUCCAUAAAUAUUAAGUAGAAAUCUCAUCUUUGCUCACAUUUAGAAAACCGAGAGGCAAGAGAAGAAAAAAACAGCCACAGUUUUCACAAAGGACCUCUGGUUUCACUUUAGAUGCAUGCGUGUGUGUGCUAUCUACUGAAGAUAUUUACACAACUGGACCUCCUGUAUCUGCUGUGCUCAGCUCUCAUUUGCUUUUCAAGGGGACUUUGGAUGGGUGUUCUCAGGGAGUACUUAACAGGGGAAAAACUGCUUGUUCAGUAACCAAGGACACUUGGAAAAUACAUUGUGAGUAUGAUCUACAUAUGAUAGAGUAUUGGGAAAACAUUUAAUUAAGGAGAACACUUGAUUAUAUUUGAUUUAUCCCUUAAGAAUGGGACGCCUGGCUGGCUCAGUUGGUAGAUCAUGUGACGCUUGAUCUCAGGGUCAUGAGUUCAAGCUCACAUUGGAUGUGUAGCCUACUUAAAAAAAUAAAAUCUUUUUAAAAAAUUAAGUGUUUACUUAAGCAAAUUUUUCUAGAGCAUGUGGAAUGGACAUAGGGAUGUAAUUCUAAAUAUCUCUAAAUUUUCCAAUUUGCGUUUUAACGCAAGUCCAGCAAAUCUGAAAGUGUAUUUCCAUUUGAGACAAUAACUCAGAAAUUCAGUGAUCAUCAGUGAAAGGGCUUAUGGUGAGAACUCUCUUAAUUCCACUUCUGCUGGGAAACAGCCUUCUCAGGAAAUAUUAUUUGAAGAGAAGAAAAUAAUACCAAACAAAACCUUAAAAGGUACUUUAAUCAGUGUUGCACUUAAAGAAUUCAUUCUAACAUCUUGUUUCAUGAGGCCACAUCAUUAGUUGGAGUGUCAUAGUGUGGUUGUGCAGUUGGUGUUGGUGUGCAGUUGUUCCCUCUCACCUGCCCAAAGUUCACAGAGCUGAGCGCACCGCGGCCGGUGAGCCAGCACACUGCCGGCCCAUCCUCCACUUCGCAUGGUGUGAGGGCUUAGGGUAAACUCCCAUCUCUCACUGUUCAGAAGCAGGCCAGUCCACAUUUUGAUACCCCACUGAAAUAAAAGUAGUUUAACUUUACUUUAGGAUCACUUGUUCCCCAUUUUUAUAUAUACUUUUAAUGAACUUUCUGUUCAUGUUUCUGGUUAAGAGUUCAACUCUUAAGGUGGUUAUUUAACUGGCUUUCAACAUAAAUUGAAUAUCUCAAAAGAUAGAACUUUUGUUGGAGAAGUAGUCAAAAGACCGAACCAUAUUUCCUUCAGGUUCUGGGAGGCAUUGGAGUUUCAGAGAGCAUAAGCUAAUAUGUUGUUGGCAGGGGCCCAGGGGCAGCCAGCACACUUGAUGUCAGGAAGCCUGGCCCUUGUCGCAUGAGCCUGCGUGCUUGUCCCUUGGAUUCCAGGUGUCAGCUAAGUGGCCAGCCCCAGAGGCUGUAGCCUCCUUGGCUCUUUGAGCGAUAGGAGCCAACCUUAGGCCAUCUUUGGACAUCUCAGUAGUAAAGGUGGAUGUUUCGUUGGGCCAUACUUGCUCCAGUGCUUUUCUGUCUAAGAAUUGAGUAUUUCUAAGUAGGCCUGGGGGAGUUAAGGUCAGCCAAGCUUUUCCAGGGUGUGCCAGGCACAUGGACUGCAUCUAUAACUUGCUGGUGGCCUCACUACCAUCUAGGUAAGUCAAAGGAGUGCUGGCAGUAAGUUCCUGGCAUUAUUUAGUUCCUACUAAGGCAUUGUAAUGACAGUUUACAUAGGGAAGGAAAAGAGUUAAGGCUACCAACCGCCUGUCAUGAGCUAAGUGAAUAGAAAAAGUUGCAUGUCAGAGUGAGGCAUAGUUACCUUGAGUAUGCAUUUGACUCUUGUAACCAGGGUGAGUAGCCUGUCCCCAGAUCCACUAGUGAUGUGCUAGCACCCAGGCUCUGAAACAAUCCUUAUCUACUUUUUGCUCUAAGAAACAGUGGAAAUAUACACGGGCAGUGAACCAGAGCAAAUGACGUGAUUUCCUCAACGUUAUCUUGUUUUCUGAGUUCUAUAUUAAGCAUUGCUUUUUUUUUUUUUAAAGAAUAAUUUACUUUAGAAAGGCAAGGAGAAAGCAUAUUAGAAGGGAGACAAGUAGACAACUUGGAAGUUGCAAGGCUGAGAAACAAGUUACUUAAAAUCUGAUUGAAGGUAUUUUGAGAGCAGUAUUUAAUGUGCUAAAGGUUAUAAGAAUUCUUUUACAAAGAAGUUAGAAUUUUAAUCUACUAACUACAGGUUUUUAAAUGAAGCUAUAACAUUACCUCCCUGACAGGCAGGUUUUGUUCUUUCUUUGUUUUGUGGAAGUUACAGCCAGCCAGUGGUUUUUCCCCCCCCCCCUCUGGGCCUCAUGAUGAGUUGGGGAGCAGUCAGCUCUGUGAGGGGCAGUGAGCUGAUCUUGAACCGCAUGAACUUUUAUCUGUGUCACAGUUUGGGGAAGUAGCCUUUUAGAAUGGUAGCUGCUAAAUAUCACCCACGUUUCAUUGGGCAGUUGGUUGGGACUCUUGAAAUGACAUCACCAUUUGCAUGCUCUGACUCUUUGACCAGAGGUGGCACAGCAUUUAUGGCCUUUCCACCCAAAUCAGUGGUAGCCUCUGAGGCUGACAGGGAGCGCAAUCCCAGCUUCUAGAAGAUGAUUGUCCUUCCACACAACACGGCCUAGAGUUUUUCAUUCCAGGUCUUUGGACUUCAUGACAUUGGAAUUGUUUUGUCAUAAUUUCUAACAUUCCAUAAAUACUUGUCAAGGACAAAGAAAAGGAAUGUGGACCUUUAUUCUUUUCGUAUAAAUAACUUUGUACACAUGACUUCCUGCUUUCCUAUGAAGGGGAAGAAAUUAGCUCCUCCCUUGUAUGGUAACUCCAGAAUUAAACGAUUGUGCACGUAGAGGGGUUGAGUAUAUUUUGUAAAACUCUAAUGAUUUGUAUUUCUGUGCUGUUCUGAACUUUACCUUUUUACUUAUAUUAAUUAAAGAUAUAGAAACUAUAUAUUUAAAUCAUGUAAAUGGGAUACAAUUUAGGGGGUUUUUUCCAGUCUUAUUUUUCAUCAGCUUCUCACAUACACAUAGUAUGCUGCUCAAAUUUUUUCGUGUGCAAUAUAAACAUUUGAACAUUUCAGUCAGGUACUGAGCCAGAAAAGGUAACUGAAGUUUUUUAAGAAAGCUUCUGUGCUUAGAAAAUAUUUGUUUUCUUGAAAUAUUAAUUUAUAGCUGGAAAAAAACGGGAUCAAGACUUAUGUGUUUCAGGCCACUUGGUCAUUGUUUCCUAAGUUUAAGAAGCAUUUGAUUAAGAAGUUGGUGAAAGCAUUUAGUGGUCACAAAAACAGUUAAACAUUUGAGAUUAAAGGCUUCCUACAAACCCUCUCUAAGAAAGUUUAGCUAAGAAAUCUUAGAAACUUUUCUGAGAAGGUUUAGCUAUGGCACAUGUUUUGAUUGGAAAAAUAGUUCCUCUUUGCUCCAGUAGUUUUUGUAAUUUGUACUAGUUCUUUGUUUCUGUUGUCAUUUGUUUAAAAAAAUGUUAAAAUUAUAAAUCACGUCUAAUCAUAGUGAAUUGUAAAACUUCUACUGUAUCUUUAUUUUAAGGAAAAAUAAGAAUAAAAUUAUCCUGUUGGUCCUGCA